AUGGUGGCUUGUUUGAAUUUUAUAAGAUAUAAGGAAUGCAAGUUAUUUAUUAAAAACAGUUAUUUAUUUUAUCGAAGUUCAAAAACAUCAUACAAAAAAAAUGAAAUAAAAUCAGUAAAAAAUAUUUUGUGUUUUUCACUUUUAAACAAACCACUUUUCCCAGGCCUUUCGUAUAUCCUUAAUGCUGAUAAAAGUUUUAUAAAAAUUUUAGAAAAUUAUAAAAAAAAAAAUAUAUAUGUUGGUCUUUUUUUUAACAAAAAAUCAGAGAAUGACAUAGCAUAUGAUUUGUUAAGUGAUCAAGAAUUAAACACUAAUUUUUUUUUAAAAGGAAAAGAAGGAAAACAAAAUGUGUCAAUUUUGAAUGAUAAAAAUAAAAUUAUAAAAAAAGAUAUAGAUUAUAUAACAAGUUUUAGUGAUAUUUAUGAAUAUGGAUCAAUUGGGUUAAUUAAAAAAAUAUUAAAUAAUAAAAAUUUAAACAAUAUAGACAAAGAUGAUACAGAGGUUGAUAAUAGUAUGAUUCCUACUAAUUUAUUUAAAGAAACAAAUGAAAAAAAUGAUAUAAAAAAUAAUUAUAUUGAAAGAAAAAAAAAAUUAUUUUAUAAUAAUAAAACUGAAAAAGAAACAUUCCAAAAUGAAAAUGAAAUAUAUAAUUUAGCUCCCUAUUCAAAUGGAGAAAAUAUUUGUCAAAUAUUUGUUGAUGUAUUAGAAAGGAUCAAAAUAAAUAAAUGGAAAGGAAACAAUAUUGGGGAAAUUAUCAUAGCAAACAGAUAUAAUGAAAAUAAAUUGAAGAAUGAAGAAAAUGAGACAAUUUUAAAAAAAAUAAAAGGAUAUCAGCUUGAAAUUAUCGAAAAAAUAAAAGAGAUAAUAAAAAUAAAUAAUAAUAAUAGUUAUGAAUAUAAUAUAUUAUUAAAAUAUUAUAAUACUAAAAAUGUAAAUAAUUUAAUUAAUUUUGUAGGAAAUAUAACAAUAGCAAAAAAUAGUAAUGUUCAAAAAAUGCUUGAAGAAAAUAACAUUGAAAAAAGAUUAAAAAAAUGUGUAGAAUUAUUAAAUGAGGAUAUAUAUUUGUUUAAAAUGAAAACAGAAAUAAAAAUAGAUUUAGAAAACAAGUUUUUGAAAGAAAAAAAAGAAUUAUUAAUUACAGAACAAAUUAAUUUGCUAAAAAAAAAAAUAGGACAUGAAAAAACCGAGCAUGAAAAAAAUUAUGAAACAUUUAUUAACAAAUAUAACAAUUUGAUAAAGAAUAAUUUGGAGGAAAAUAUUUCUACACACAUUUUAAAUGAAAUUACAAAAUUUAAAUUUUAUAAUGAAAAUAACACUGAUUAUUCAUCAGCAUAUCAAUAUAUAACAACUAUUUUGAAUAUCCCUUAUAAUAAAUAUGCUAAAUUAAAUAAUGAAUUAACUAAAUGUGAAACUAUUUUUAAAAAUUCACAUUAUGGCUUAGAUACUGUUAAAAAAUAUAUAUAUGAAUAUUUAAGCAUAUAUAUAUUAAAUAAAAAUAAAAAAAUAAAGCCAAAAAUUUUAUUACUUCUUGGAUGCCCAGGAACUGGAAAAACAUCUAUAUGUAGAACCAUUAGUAAAUGUUUAAAUAUACCAUAUUAUAUAAUAAAUAUGAAUAAUAUUAAUAAUAUGAAUGAUUUGAUAGGGCAUAGAAAAACAUAUGUAAAUAGUUAUGAAGGUAAAAUAAUAAGUGCUUUGAUAAAUACACAAGUUAUGAAUCCAUUAAUCAUAUUAGAUGAAUUUGAUAAAAUUGAAAAUGUUUAUAAUAAUAAUAAUAUUUAUAACACAUUUUUAAAUAUAUUUGAUCAAAAUCAAAAUCAAAUAUUUAAAGAUCAAUAUAUUAAUUUUCCUAUUGAUAUAUCUAAUAUAUUUUUUAUAUGUACAGCCAAUUCUAUAAAUAAUAUUCCAGACAUGCUUUUAGAUAGAAUGAAUAUAAUAAAUGUAUAUCCAUAUACGAAUAUUGAUAAAAUAUAUAUAUAUAAAAAUUAUUUAAAAAAAAAAUUAGAAUUAGAAACUAAUAUUUCAGAUCUUCACAUUCAUAUAUCUGAUAAAAUGUUAUUAUAUAUUAUUAAUAAUUAUACUAAAGAAAAUGGAAUUCGACAAUUUUAUUAUAUAUUAUAUGAUAUUUAUAAAAAAAGAGCAUAUAUGUUAUUACGUGGUGAAACAUCAUGUGUGCAUUUAAUUAAAUGUAUGAACGAAGAUGUAGAAAAUUCAUGUUUUUCUAUUUCAAAUAAAACUAAAUAUAAUAAAAAAAACUAUAUAAUAACAGAUUUUAUAAAUCUUGAUAAUAAUAGAUAUGUGAAACAAGGGAAUAUCUCACAUUGUUCAAAACCCGGAAUUACAAAAUCAAUUGCUUUUACAAAUAAUGGUGGAUAUAUUAUAACGAUAGAAAUUUCGAGUUUAUCAAAAAACUUAUUGAAAAACUCAUAUUCUAAUUUAAAUACUUCACUAAAUUUAAAUACCCAAGAAGAAAUGUCCAAUAAAAGCAAUACACAUAAUUUAGAUUCUUUGAAAAACUUGUUAGAAAAAAAAUGUAAUUAUAAAAAUAACAAUUUUCUUGGAUAUAUCAAAGAUGAUAUGUGUCCAGAUCAUUUAUUUAAUGAAAAUGAAUAUCAAAAUAUUUUUGAUUUAAAAAAUGAGCAUGUCCCAUUUAUUUAUGAACAAGCAAGGAAUUCAUGCCAAUCAGGAUUACAAAAUAAAUAUAAAAAUAAAUUCUCAAAUACUUUGCAUUCUCCACAAGUAGAACGAUGUGAUAUGUUCAAUUCGAAAGAUAAGGCCCGACAUAAUAAUGUGAAAAAUAGUGAAAUAAAUAUCGCAAAUAGACAAACAAUGGCUAGCUACGAUUGUAAUAUUGUAAUUACUGGAAAUGUUGGAAAAAUAAUGCAAGAAAGUAUAAUUAUAGCUAAUACAUAUUCGAUAAAUAUAUUAAAUCGUAUAUUUUCAAAUUUUCAAAGUGAAUAUUUACAUAUAAAUUUAAGUGAAUGCGAUUUAAAAAAAGAUGGGCCUAGUGCUGGUAUUAACUUUGUAACUUCAAUUUUAUCAUAUUAUUUAAAAGUUCCUGUUGACAAUAAUUUAUGUAUGACCGGAGAAUUGACAUUAAAUGGAAAUAUUUUAAGAAUUGGGGGAUUAGUAGAAAAAAUAAUUACAGCAAAAAAUUCAGGGAUACAGACUUUAAUUAUACCGAAAGACAAUUAUCAUGAAUAUUUAUUAAUUCCUAAAGAAAUAAAAAACGAUAUUCAUAUUUUAUAUGCUCAUCAUUAUUAUCAAAUUUUUAAUUAUAUUUUCACACCCAAAAUAUAUAAUAAAGUAACAUAA